AUGUUCUUCCUAAAAAUUGGCGUUUUCUUGUACUUGAAAUUGUCGCUUUACGAGUUUGUUUUUUCACACCAGAGCCGAAAUCACGAGCAUUACUCGUUUAAAGAAUUGCAGGACGCUGUUAAUGGCGAUUCCCUGAAGUCAGAUGAUCUACAGAGGCUAUUUGACAAGCUGCAUUUCUUGAACUGCACUGCAAGCAAACCGAGUCCGGAUUACCGAAGGGUAAGAUAGGUGUUGUUGGCACAAAUGGCCCAAAAAGAUGAAAAUUUUACACUAAAACUUAAAAGUCUUAAAGUUAACUUAGUACGGUAAAAGUUUCUAGAGAAAAAUAUAUAUCUCUGAAAACUAAUUACGACGAUUUUUAAUAAGAAAGAGAAAAAUGAAAACGUAAAACUAAGCUCAAAUUACGAUGAGAUUAUGGGAUUACUGAAUUCUUUUACCCGGUAAGACCGAUCGAUCUUCGAAGCUGCCCUUUCUCAAUGUCUUCGACCACGCGGUUUUUCAUCAUUUGCAUUCACUUUCACGCUUUGUUCUUUUAGUGUUUCAGCCCUAUAGAAUUGCACGAUAUUCAUGGAUCCUCACCGUCAAAAGCAUUAAAUUCCUCGGAGUUUGUAGAGAUCAGUCCUUCGAUAGUGUACUGCCUUUUGCCAGGGCGUGAAAAGAAUUCUGGUCAACAACGUUGCGAUUCUCCCAGGAACCACAGCGAACUUUUCGACUCGUUUACGAGGAAUUUCAGUCAUGGCGAACACGGGAUCACUCACGAAGCUCUCGAUGAAAUUCUCGAGGAAAUAAACAAGACGAUCGGGGACUUUUUAACUGAAAAGAAGGUAGGUGAAAUUUAAGGAUAAAAGCAGUCUUGGGGUUUAAAAAAAAAGGUCCAUUGGCUCCCUCUCAAUCAAUUCGCUUUCAAAAUAAACUUUUUAUUAAGGUGGCCCGAACCUCUUUGUAUGCGUGUUGGUUAUAUAUGUGUGUUUUUUUCAGAGUGAAAGAUUCAACCGAUUUCUAUGAUUUUUGGCAUACCAAGUAAAUAAUGAUGGAACUUUAAGAAAAUGUUAUUUGUUUUCUUGUAGGUAUAAAAAAACCUUUGAGAUAUCGGCAUAUAUUUAAACCACAUUUUUACUAACAAUGUAAAUAUAGCUUCGAAAUCCCUCGACACAUUUUUCCCUAACUUCAGCAAAUAAGCAUUAGAGCUCUCUACUUUUACAUCACUUGCCAUCACAUUCGUACGGGAAGUUUACCUUGCUUAUAUGUUCUAUCACUGAUAUUAUCUGAGAUUUUAUUCCUCUCUUUACUGCUGCCAAUUAUUUCAACAUGACGGUGUCCAAGAAAGCUCUUGCUACUUUGGACACUGUACACAAAUGAACUUAAUGUCUUUUAGUAAUUAUUAUUUGUCAGCUUCUUUAUUUUCCUACCUACGUAUACUUAUGUAAAUAUCUUAUAUAGUGUGAAAUAAAGAAUUGAAUUGAAUUGAAUUGAAUUGGGAAUAAAGAUGAAGACAAAUUUGACAGUCAUCUUAUUCUUCUCAUUAUCCCCAAAAGCCAACUGCCCGUGCGAAUGUGAUGGUAAGUCUUUAAAACGCCAAUAAAUUACCAAAUGCAAGGGUUUCAAUGCAGCUGAAAAAUGGAUGGUUAGAAGUACUGGAGUUGGUAGCCUUAUUUCUCUUCAAAACAGGAACCUGCACCGCUUGACAGUUUUUCGUAGAAGUGAUAUUUUGCUUUCAUUGUUAAGAUUUGUUUCCAAAAGAGAGGGACAAAUACAAAGUAAGUUUGAUGAAUAGAAGUUCUUUAAUAUCACCGCGCACUCAGCUUAAAAUUGUUCUUCUUAAAUUGCUAACUGUAUUCGCCGUAAGUUUCUGAUUACUCUGUUUCUUGCAAUAAAGCUUAGGUAGGAAUAUCCUUUCAGAUAGGAGAUAGUCUGUCGGCAGUCUUCCUCUGUUUGUCCGUCAACUUUCACAAACGUGCUAGCGUAGCAUUGUAAGGUUAAAUUUGACCAGCAUUUUGUUCAGCAAGUUCUACUGUCACGAUUGCCUUCAAACUUGCAGAUGUAAAACUAGAGAGCUGUGAGUCGAGGCUUAUUUGCUGAAUCGUGGGAUUUCGAAGUUAUUUACAUUUUUCAUAAAAAUGUGGUUUUAAAUGUAUGCCGAUAUCUCAACGGUUUUUAUACCUACAAGAAAAUAAAUAACAUUUCCUUAAAGUUCUGUUAUUGUUUAUGAUUUAAGGAUGCCAAAAAUCAUAGAAAUCGGUUGAAUCUUUCAUUCUGAAAAGUGCAAAUCAAAAACAUAACCAACAUGCAUAUAAAUAGGUUCGGGCCACCUUAUAUAUUAAGCUUAUAUUAUCCUGUGAGCAAAGGUUUCUUUCUGGCAUGGCUUUUAACAUUUAAAAAGCCGUUUAACUAACUAUGCGACUGACAAGCUACUUAAAUGUUAAGAUUUAAAGAUUUAUAGAUCUCAAGUUUAGCGUUUGGUAUAUUCUGGGCUCAGAAAACGAAACCAUGUUUUGUGACACUCAGAACGUUUUUCAGCUUCCUAUUUCCUCUUUCCUCUUUCCUACUGCCGGUCAUUUAGUGUUUUGAAAAUCUAAGUUAAUUAGUUUAGAAAAAAAAAUGAAAAUCAUUUUCUUAAGGUUAUGUUCUACAUAAAACAUGAAAAUGGGAAGUUUCAUGUCGUAGCUGUGCAACAACGGGAAGGAAAUGUACAUAAAGGUGAUUGUCAUGCAAAGUUGUUGUUUUACUGAUCCAAACCUAUUGCUUUUAUGCCAUCCUCGUUGCGGUCACCAUCGUCGUUGCUUAAGCUCCCUAUAAAUUAAUAGACCUAAUAUACUGAUCUACAUUUUCAGUCAACCUUAUGGACACCAAAGGGACAGAGCCAAGUGUGUCUUCAUUAGAGAUGUGUCUAAGUUUAAGAAAAAUUAAUAUCUUGUUUCAAAGAUUAUAUGUAGGCCUUAAGAUAGGGAGAGUGGAGCUACAAGUUUGUAAACAAACUGAAGAAAACUUAGAUAUAAUUCAACAAGUACUCAUUAUUUGGGCAUUGCCAAAAUAGAGUUUUCGAGAUUGCUUGUUUUGAUUCAAAGUUGCAAUCGGCGCACAAUACCAGUGAACAUAGACAGGCCAAGCGACGUGAAUAUUUGCCCUGUGAACGAUUCAAGGUAUGCAGAAAGCAUGUUAGAAAGAAAGUUCUGGUAGGAGGGUACUUGAUCCCACUCUUAUGUUCUCAAAAACCUUGCAGCAAAGAAACACAAUUCCCAACAGUGCAUAUUCCCAACAUAUUGAAUAAACACUGAGUGAAACAAACUAUUAAAUGAUUUAAAUUUUCCCGCUGUAAAAUAAUAUUGUCCUUGAAGCAAACGGUAUGAAUGUUUUUCCUCCAGACCAAAGGAACCAGUCAUUGCCCUUUUUCAUUGUACAGACUAUUCAUUGCUAGUAAGCACAUGUCCCCUUAGAGGAUGAUUUUUUGCUAGGAAAAGAUGAACUUAUUUAUCUUGAGCUUAUGGUAUUUUUUUAUCGCAUCAAGAAGCUUGGCAAUUUUUCAGAAAUUUGAAGGUAAAACUGUCAAAAAUAAUUGGAAUUGACGGGCUUGGCUGAGAGCAACAGAGGAGAGCUAAUUAGUUCUAGGGGCGAAUAGAGUAGACGGAAAAGAAAUGCUUACAGUGCGACUACUUGAACUGGGGCACUUAGAGGAAGAUUGUCCUGAAAUACUAUGAUUUUUGAAAACAAAAGAUUCCCAAGUUUUUUUGCAAACGAACCAAUAACAUUCAUGAAUUUUAGGGCUGUUUCCUGAGAUGUCAGGUAAGUUCAAAUGGUUUUAAAGUUUUCAGCGGUUGCAUACUAGGUGAAUCUUGAAUUUUAUUGGCCUGUUUGCAAAAUAACUUGAGAAUCCUUUGUUUUCAGAUAUCGUUAUGAUUGGAGAAUCUUCUUCUAAGUGCCCUUGUUUGAUUAGUCACACUCUAACUGUUUCAUUGUAGGAACCACAAAACAAAUGGGGUAUUCUCUACACCCUUACAUAUAUUUUUUUAAAAUACUAUAAUUUUAACAUUGCUAUCAGCAGCAAGGAAUGAAAUAUUAGUGCCUACCAAAUCACCAAGUCUAAUUUUUCACAAUCAGCAAACUACUGAAUCACAAAGUCUAAAUGCUUUCAAAGAUCUAACAUUCUUCUUUACUUUACCAGUGUUUUUCUGCGGAAGACAUUUUUAAAGAGAUAGAAGAGGGAGAGGAGGAAGGCCAUCAUCACAAGGAAGGUGAACACAACCAUGAAGAAGAAAAGGUUCUUGAUCAACAUGAUUUUGAGAAAGCCUGUGCCAGCAUUAUCCUGCACCUAGUUAAAGGAUACUGUAUCAAGGAAGGUCAUGGACACGACAAGACCAAACCUGAUCUACCAUCAAAAGAAUUUUUCAUGGAAGAACUUUUUGAUCACAAAAAGUACCUUUCUGAAGAAGACUUAGAAAGCAUUGCUGAAAGUCUUGGUAUUGGAAAGAAAUCCUCUCAGUCAAUGGCCUCAUCUUCAAGUGAAAGCCAUGAUGGGCAUAAUCACAGACGCCGAAGGUCUGCUCCAGCUGCUGUGUCAUCACAGGAGGAAUCAGCUGCAUCUCACACCCUUCAUCGCCGCACAGUUGAUUCUCAUGCACACACUAAUGGUGGAAGUAGCAGUGUAGGUGUUACUCUAACAUCAAGCCCCGUUCUUACCCCUAUACAGUGUAUUAGCUUAUUUACGCUUAGGGUGCAUUCCAUUGGUAUGAUCCGGAUCAGGAUCAGUUAUCUGAGAUCAGUCAGGUCAUAGCCCAUCAAAGGAACCCAUGAAUCCACCCCGGGAAAGGAUUCAUUGGUUCUUUUGAUCUUGAUCCAGAUCAUUCCAAAACAAUCUUAUUAAACUUCAUGAAUCCUAUUUAAACUUUAAGGUACCUUAAUAAAUUGAGUUUGAUCAAACUUGAUUUAUUCUUGAGACAAAGUCCUCCCCCUCCCCCCCCCAAAAAAAACCCCUUAAGACAGAUGGUUUUUGAGUCACUUAAACUUUCUCAAGUGAAUUUUUUAACUUUCUGAGUUCAAUGUGUUAUACCAGGGGCGGAUCUAGGGGGAGGGUGCAGGGGGUGCGCACCCCCCCCCCUGAGAUGACCUGCGGUUUUGUAAUACAACUGGUAUUCUGCAAAAAAAAAAACUAUGUAGUUUACUGGUGUUGAAGUAGAGCAAGAGACGAGUGCACCCCCUCCUAAAAAAAAUCCUGGAUCCGCCCCUGUAUACAGUAAAGGAAGUUCCAUGUUUACUGAGGCAUUUGUAUACUUGACUGAGUAAAAUACUUACUAAGUUCUCACAGUAAUUAACCAUUAACAUGGCUAUUUUAAACGACACCCGCCUUUACUACUUUAAAAACCAGCAAUAAUUCCCAGUUCUUUGAAAAGAACUUGAAACUAGUACACUGACUUGUAUGACCUUUAGAUAAAUUUUUAGAUUGUGCUUUGUCUAUUAUAUCUAUAUAUAACAGCCUUUUUAACUUGCUUUCAACCUUAGCUUUUGUAAGAUUAAUUCAAUACAUGUAUUCCUGAACAAUGAUCAAGUACUUGUUUACAAAGAAUUUUAAAUUUAAUAUUUAAUGUUUUGUGUUUAGUGUUACUCAGUCGAUGAGAUGCUGACAGUUUUUGACAUUGAUCACUCCAUUGGGGCAGAUGAUUAUGACUUCAAACAGCUUUGCCCUGCUUUUGUUCAACAAGCCAAGAGCGGAGCUUGCAAACAGCAGUCAAACCAACCAAAAACAGAACCGGAAAAGGAUAUGGGAAAAAGUUAGUAUACACGUGUACACAGGUAGAUGAGAUUUCAGUGAAGGGCAUUGAAUGGUUGCGAUUAGAUGCAAGUGUUGAUUUUGGCUGGAAACCCAGAUUUCUCAUUAAUUAUAAGUGCUAUUUUGACUCAAAGUUGAAAUAUUACAAAGGAAAAAAUAAUGAGAUACUGCAAGUUGGAUAUUGCAAGUUGGAUAUUGCAAGUCAGGUUGUGGAAAUUGUAGUGUUUUACCAAUAUUUUGAAACUGUACUGUUGUCCAUAUUAUGUUACAUUGACCAACUGUACAUGUGGUGUUCUGACUUAUCUUCUAAUAUUGGGAUUUUGUUCUCUGUUUAAUAGUAUCUAUCCAACAAAAAUCAAUAGGUAAACUCAUGAUCUUUUUGGUUUUGUUUCUUAUCUCCAGUCUGGGGUUAUGGCAUUGCGGCUGUGACUAUAAUCAGCCUUACAUCUGUAGCUGGCGUGGCAACUAUUCCAUUUCUAGGAAAGAAGAUGUACAAGAAGAUCAUGGCAAUGUUGGUAGCUCUUGGUGUCGGAACCCUUGCUGGAGACAGCUUACUUCAUCUGUUACCUCAUGUAAGCCUUAACGUUCCUGUUUAUAAACACUGGUCCGGUCAAAUAUAUCCUUUACCUUGCUAGUUGGCACUGUCCGUCUUGUAAAAGGGGCCAAAAUAGGCUUCAAGCAUUAAAGUGCAUAACCUGUGCAGAACAAUUUGCAUGUUUCAGGUGUGACUGUGUUAACAUGAGUCUGUGUAAAUGUAGAACCAUACUGUUCAAAAGUUUUUUCUACUCCUGAUCAGAUCAAAACCUUGCACACUUAUAAAAGCCAUUAAAAAAUCUAUGUGGUUCUGUAGGUCCCAUGUAGAAUGAAAGGCCAGAUCUGUGCAAGUUUUUUUGUUCCUUCAAAAAUUUCUGCAGACCUGUGUUAACAAAGUUUUGUUGUUAUAAAAGCUGCUCUGAAAACCUGAGAAUGUUUAAGUUUUUCCCUUCUAGUUAGCUUUUUGCUUAAACCCUGAAAGUGGUUUCUUGUAAUGAUAAAUUAAAUAAGUCAUUUUGUGAUCAGGCAUUUGGUCUCCACCAACAUGAAGAAAAUGCUGAAGGUGACAGCCAUGCCGAUCAUUCAGAAGAGAAGGGAUUCAUUUGGAAGGCCUUGGUGGUGCUGCUUUCCAUUUAUGGAUAUUUCUUGUUUGAAACUUUGAUGCAUCUGUGUUUGAAGAGCAAAUUUGGAGAUCAUGGUGGCCAUAGCCACAUUGAUUUUGAGGUCAGUAGUAAUAGUACAAUUUACUGUUUCAAACCUGAGAACUCUAAAAUUACAUGAGUAACAUGAUCCUAAGUUUUAAUGUAUCUUUUUAAUCAGUGCAACCAAAAGAAUGUUAUUUUUCCUUAGGUACAUGUAAUUAAUGCAAAAUUAAUAAAGAGGGUUCAUUUCAAUGAUCAUACCAUUGGAUUACACAGUCAAACUCAAAAUCCAAACCACCGUUUAUGAUGCUUAGUGUAAUAAACGGUACCACAACAAAGUGCUUCUCAGCUCUCAGUUUUUAUUGGAACUAUCACUGACUCUUUAGUUAUUUCAUCCUCAGACAUCAACAACCAUUUUAUUCCACAUAGUUUAGAUACAACAGUAAUUACACACUCAGUUAAUAAUAGACCUGUAUAAGAAAUCUGAAAAAACUUUUCCACUGCUUUUAUAGCAUAAAAGGCUAAAUGGGAGCGGGGGAAAGAUGAAAACAAACUUAAGGUGAUAAAAUAAGACAAAACUGGUUACAGAAAACUGAGAUAACAAUACAAUAAGGUCAAAUAAGGGAAUUAAAUGGAAAAAAUUUACAUCCAAAAAAUCAAAGAUGAAUGAAGAAAUGAAAUAAAAAUAAUUAUGAUUGUGCUUUCCGAGGCUAAGAUAAAUUGCUAAAGUAAUAAUUGAGCAAGUGAGAGACUUCAAUAUAGUCACUGACUCAAGCUCUAAAGUUCAAAGAAGUAUUUGUUGAAUUUGUUUCGGAACUUGGAUUUAACUUUAAAGUUGAUAUUAAAACUACUGAAAAAUUAAUGUUUUUGCAAACAAGUCCAACAUCGUUUCCGUUACAUCAUUAACGGGCACUCUUUGGAAACCAAGAUUACAUGCCAUGCAUUUUAAUCUAAUUAUACAUGUGCAGGUACAGUGUUAUUGUGCCAUUCGCCACUUUAGAAACGAGGAGACUGGGCCAAAUUAGCUUUUGCAAAGACCUCUAGGAUCACACUAGUCAGCUAUUGGCUAGACUGCGAACAAGCGCUUAAGGGCGCUCUGGCGGCAGGGUGGGAAAAGAAAGGAGAGCUUGCAACUAUGUCUCUGGAAUUUGAAUAUCUGCAUCGAAAAAGUUGAUGGGAAAUGUUGAGUGGCGGAGAUGACAUUAGUAAUGAUGUCAUUACCCUUGGCACAUGUUUUUCAUUGUUUGUUUACAUUCGCGCUCACUUACGCUUCACGCUGAUUAGUGGAAAUCUGACAGCUCAGUCGACAAGGAGCCACAGGGGAAUUGGAGGUGGAAUUCAAAUUCCAGAGACUGAGUUGCAAGCUCUCUUUCCUUUUCCUGCCCCUCAGAGACCUUGCUGGCAGGCUAGCUGUUGGCCAAUUUUUCCCCAUCCCCAGUAACGAUUUCAGAACUUGGCCUAGUCUCCCUCUUGUUUCUAAAGCGACAAAUGGCCAUUUAGUAAUACAGAUCACAGACCAACAUGGUGGCCUGGAUGUUUGAUUAUUUCAAACACACAACAAAAUGCCUAAGUAAUUAAGAAAGUGCUGCUUUCCUUUAUGUUCAUUUCUGGUGUUACUUGUUAUAGCUUAAUGUAAGCUCCAUUUUUUGUACAGCUUCCUGGACCUUCAAGUCGGCACAUGAGCUUUAAAAAUAAAAGGAAAUGUUCCAGGCUAGAGCAUCAUGAAGGAGGUCAUCCGCUUGGUAGAAGUGAUGAAAAUCUUCCCAUGGAAAUUGGUGACACUGUUUUAACAAACAAGGUGAGUGUGACGAUAUUGCAUUGUUUUAGCAUCCAACCAGAUUUUAGCAUUUACAUGUGCAAACUCAGGCUUACUUUUGUUACAGUUUGAUGUAAUGGCCACUCAUGAGCUCACUACGUUCUGAUAUUUAAAUAAGUUGUGGUUUAAGAACGUGAGCCAAUUCUUUACAUGGUGACAGAACUGAGAAAGAAAUAUUGUAGAAGUGUAGAUUACAAAUCAUGUGUUUAUUUAAUUGGAGGAUAUAUUAAUAAGAAAUUUAAUAAUACAUUAAUUGAUCCACCAACCAUGAUCAAGGUUCAUGAUACACCAAUCACUAACAACCAUGGUGAACAAAAUGAUAGUCCCACUCAAUAAAUCAACACUACUGUCUGCCCGCCUUUAUUACUUAGCAACCAAAACCGCCAUGCUAUGCAGGCUAAUCAAAACAUCACAAUAAUAACUAUUGUGAGACAAACAAUAAGUAAAAACACUUUAUAAUAAAAGUAAUCAUAAUGGUUGUACAUCUCUACUUCAGCAAUAACAGUGGCUUUUAUAAGGUGUUGUUUUGGUUUUUCAAAUCCUGUUACUGAAAAAGCAUAUAUAAUUUUAUAUAUUAUCUUUGUUACAUGUAUAUGUGGUGUCGUACUCUGGUGCUUUUGGUGAAAAUUAAGGAUCAUUAAAAACAGUCAAACUGCCAAUUUGUUUUAAACUUUGUAGUUCCAGUACCACAGGGCAGUCAGAAAAAUAUUAAUCUUCCAGCUCAAGGCAUUAAUAAUUUUAUUAUAAUUUUUUUUGGUCGAUAAUCUGGUCCAUAAUCUUGAAAUUAUGAUCUUGAAUUAAACAUAAAAAGUUUCAUGCAGUGACAUAUAAAGAAUGUGACACACUAAAUUGACUGAAUCUUUUGACUUAAUAAAGUACAUGUUUAAAAGCAAUUUUUAAUUUAAAAUUUCUGUAAUAUCCAGCUUGAUAUAUAUUAGAAUAAUUUAUGUACCUUUAAAAAAAAAUUUAUAGCUAAAGUUCUGUCCGUGUUUUUUUUAAAUGUUACUGUUGUAUGCAGUGAUAUCAAACAAUGACAUAAAAUUUGUAUUUUAAGUUUAUGUUAUAACAUGGGUCUUCUGUCACAAAAGGAUGGUUCCAUAAAGAAUUUUAGUAAGUAGCAGCAGCACUACAAGUCCUUCUUGUACACUACAUUCCCAUUGUGUUUAUGAACAUGUAUCUGGUACAGAUACUGAUGAUGGUGAAUAUGAGGUUAAUGUUAAGAACAAUAAUACUGAUAUUAAUUUAAAUGUCAUUAUUAAAAAUGUGUCAUAAACAUGUAACUGGCGGUUAAGCAUCAAUAAACUGAUCAUGAAAUAAUCAAAGAUCAACGGAAGUAACUUAUAAACAUCAGUUUUCUUCAAGUCAUUCAUGUUUUAUUGGCCAGUUGCUUAUCAGUUCUGAACAAUUAAUUCUCCCAUGUCUGUGUGAAAGAUUACAUGUAGUCUAUCUGUGAUAUUCAAAUGAAUAAUUUUCAGAAAGCCAUUAAUUUCCUUUAGUUUCUACAAUACUAGAUGUAACACUAAAUGGUAGCAAACAAGCAAAUUGUCAAUAAUUAUUUGAAAUUCAUAAACAUACACCAACGAAGAAUGAUUAAAAAGUGUAUCUGUGCAGGGAACAGACAUUGUUAAUGACUUUGAAACAUGUGUAUCAUGUGAAAUUAUGUAAUGAUGAGUCACUUGCACAGCAGAUUCUCAUAAAAAAUUGUUUUGUUAAAUUAACCUUUUCAUUCCAUAAUUUGCAACCCACUUCUAAUACACCAAACAGACCUGGAGCACCAAGGCACAUGUGGAAGUUUUUGAUACUUUCUCUUUUAUUUGCAUCUGUGUUACAAUAACCAGCCUCAUAUCUCUAGCUCCAUAAAUGAAAGAGCUCAAAGUUUUAUGGAGAAGGCAACAUUAUUCACAGCAGCAAAUCACAAAAAAGUGACCAGAACUGAAAGAGCCAUUUUUAUAUUUUCUUUGUUUUAUUUAAAAUUUCUAAAUUCUGAACUGAGAGUUUGUGAUAUUCUAAGAAAGCAAAUUUCUUAAUCUUGAGCAGGAUAUCAAAGAUGGUUUUGAAGACCCCAAAGACAGAGUUCCCCAAGGUCAUCAAAAUACAACAGAUAAUCGCAAGAGAAGCCUUAAACACAGCUUAUCACGCCACUCUGUUUUCAGCGAUGAUGUAGAAAGAAGCAAGGCAUCAUUGAAAACUAUUUCCACUGUGGCAUGGAUGAUAAUCAUUGGAGAUACUCUCCAUAACAUCGGUGAUGGAUUGGCCAUUGGUGCCACUUUUGCCAAAGGUGGUAGCUCGGGUGUUUCUGGUGGAAUCAGUACUUCUAUUGCUGUGUUUUGUCACGAGCUGCCUCAUGAACUUGGUAAAUAAUAUUAUCUUGAUGAUUUUUAAAUUUACAUUGUAAGUAUUCCUCUAUUGGUUGCAGAUGUUGCAUGAUGCCCCAAAUAAGCUCAGGACCACAAAGGGUUCUUAAUUAAAAACUGGUCUGAUAGUGGCAGCCAGUGUUGCAUCUCAACUGACAUCUGAGAUCACUACAAACAAAUGAUGUAUUUAGCAGACAUGUAUUGUUGGUUACUAAUCUGUAACAUGUAUUACUUAAAUUUAGUUAUUUAAUAUUUAUGUUAAAUACACGCAGUGUGCAAAGGGGGUAGUUUGGAUAGCCUGAGGCUAGUGCACUUUUCAUCGGGCUAGUGAAUUCUGUUCUUAACUUGCCUGAUGGACAAGAGAAGAUUGGGGAAUUCAAAUUGUUACAGAAGAACUGUAAUCAAUCUUUCCUGUCCAGGCCGUUUGAAAUGACGUUUGGGCUAUUACAUGCUAGCUAUAUGUAAACUGACUUUCUCUUCACCCUGAUAUUUCACCUGAAUGUUGCAUAGGAUUGUUAUAGAAUUGGGCAGAGCUGAAAGCAAAGCUCCCAUUUAUACAUUUUAAAAAAUCCACAAAUCUAUGCUUAGCUUUAGGGGAGAACCAUAUAACUGAAAAACAUAAACUUUAGCCUUCUAUCAAUUAAAAGCUACCAACUGGUCAACAGAAAACUUCUAAAAGGCACGUAACCUCAAUGAGUUGGCACCUGAGCCCGUGAUACGGUCAUGUGGCUCUGGUCAGCGGAUACCCUGUUUUGACAGCUGUCAAUUGACCAUAAUAUGGAUGUCUAUUAUCGAGUUAAAUACAGGUUACAGGCAUUUCACAUUGGUUUUCCUGUGGUGCAGACGGACGUACGGUCACGUGAUGACCAAAAUUUCUUAGAUGGAUAGAUUACCAAAUUUUCUUAGGUAUGGGGCUCUGCUCACGCGCGCGUGGAGCUCCGCAGAAAAGACCACUGGUUUCAUGUGGUUUGGUAUUGAUCAUGACAUUAUAUAAAUUGAUAAAGGAAGGCAUUUGUGCUGUACCUGUAUUUGACAUUGCAGGAAGUAGUGUUAUUAUCACAAAAUUGUAUUAAUAAAACUUAAUUCAAUUUUCUUUUCUUUCUCUUUGUGUCACAGGGGACUUUGCAGUUUUACUGACAGCUGGUAUGACAGUCAAGAUGGCAUUGUUAGCCAACUUGCUUUCUGCCUUGUCUUGUUAUAUCGGCUUAGCAAUUGGUAUUUACGUUGGUCAAGAGGAUGAUGUGCGUUUCUGGAUAUUUGCUUUGGCUGCUGGAAUAUUCCUUUAUGUCGCAUUGGUGGACAUGGUAAGAGUUCUAUGAGUACUGAUAGUGAGAUAACUGUAAUAGACCUUAUUCACGAUACCCAUUGUGCGUAUUAGAUUAUAUUCAAGUGCUAUUUUGCGCCAUGUAAAUAACAAAUUAUUAUUAUUAUUACCCGCCAUCUUUGCAUGCGCUUAAGGACCGACGGGAUAAAAGCGAUGUCAUGUGGUUUCUCAGGGGACAAACAAGUGAUAAUUUUUUCCAGUGCUAGAAUUCGCGGUCGUGUUUGUUUAUUCUUGACAACAGAAAAUGAACAUCUUUUUAUAUUAAAGAUGAUAAUGGCAAAUUAGUAUAGGUAAUAGCAUGAUUUGUAGCGAUAUUUGGUAUAAAUACCACGAGUGAUAUUUUUAAAUUGUUAUACGUAAUUUCACGAGCCGUUAGGCGAGUGAAAUUUGAGACAAUUUUGAAAUAUCAUUAGUGGUAUUUAUGCCAAAUACCACGUACAAAUCAUGUUAUUAUUUGUUUAUACUACUACCCGCAAAAGGUUUGUAAUUUUCACAUGUAGGUAUUUCAAAUUAAGCUGAAAUACCACUGCUCUAAGCCAAUCAAUUUGCAGAAAUUUCUCAUGUAGUAGUAUAAUGGGUGGAAGUGAUCAUUUUCACUUUUUUGGAUGCAGUAGCGACCGUAGACGUCCUCACAGCAAGCAGUAAUGACGUUAAUUUUGUCGAAACUCAAAUCGUACAUUUUGCCUAACUAUUAAACCGUCAUCUCGUUUUGAGAGAAUAGGGACUUUAAGAUCCAACGACGCGGACGGCAACGAGAACGUCAAAAAAAACAAUUGGUUUAAUAAGCAAAACAACAACUUCGCACGUGCAUCACGCUUUUUUGUACAUUUCUUUCCUGUUUUUGCACGACUACGACGUGAAAAUGCCUAAUUUGGCGUUUUAUGGAGGAAGUAAACAAGCAACGAUGAAAUUUUAUUUCUCUUUCUGAGCUUGAAUUUGGUCCCUUGAAAUUCAGCUUCAGGAGGGUUCGCCUACAUUUGAUAAAGUAAAAUGGGAGGAAUAAUCGCUGUUAAGAUUGAAGGAACGCAAAUUCACCUUUUAAGCGACGUUCUCGUUACCGUCGCGUCGUUAGAUCUUAAAGUCCCUAAUAAAUAAAGUCGACCGCGAUUACUCGCGUUGACAAUUUUUAUCAUUUGUUUGAGCCCUGAAAUACCACGUGACAUUGCUUUUAUCCCAUCAAUCCUAAAGGGCGAGCAAAGAUGGCGGGUAACGUAAAUAAUGUCUAUUAUGGAAAUUCUGUUAUGGCUGUUCACUUCCCAAUGGACAACUUAGGAUGAAAGAACGUUAUGGGUAGACUACAAAGCAGUCCGUAUUUUUUUUUACACUUGUCUAUCCUAAUGAUCCCAGAAAUCACUGCACCCAAAUCUUGUACCCAUUCUCCCUAGGUUUUCUUAAGUGGGUUAUGUCACUCAGCAACUUCUGAAGCCCUUUUUCACAGCUCAUCUUCGGCGAUGACAUUAAUUGAUAAUUUUUAUGUUUUUUUUUUCUUGAACACAGCUUCCUGACCUGAUGCACAGCGAAACUCUUCAAGCGGAACCUGUCGCUACGUUCUUGUUACAGAACUUGGGUUUGGUCCUUGGAUUCGCCAUUAUGUUGAUAAUUGCGUUCUAUGAAGAGGACUUAAUGGCAAUUAAGUUCUAG